AUGAAAAUCUAUGUUUUCUUCUUUCAGAUAUUCUUCACGGUAAUGAAUGUAUCUUUCUUUGCAUCUACUCUUUUAUACAUUCCUGUAAUGAUAAGUGUUCGAAAAAUGUCAAAUUUAAGAUCAGUUCAAGAAUCGAAACCUCAAAUUUACAUUUUCUGGCAAACAAUGACUGCGUUGGUUGUGGAAAUGUUAAGCUGA